AUGCCUCCUAGAAGGCAAAAUGAAGAACUUCGUCAGCUGAGACAUCAACUGGAACCGCCAGUUCAAGUGGUAUAUCCUGCUGCAAAGGCUAGACAUGAGAUGUUAGUAGAGAGAUUUCGAAAACAACACUCACCCGAGUUUGAGGGAGGCAUAGACCCAGUGGUGGCUGAAGAGUGGAUGACUCGCAUAGAAAAUAUUUUGCAGAUGCUAAAGGAAAAUGCUGCUAGGAGGGAAUCUAAGAAAGGCGGAACCAAUUUUAAUGACAAUAAGAAAAAGGAACAAGAUCAGGCCGGACAGUCAAGUCAAGACAAGAGGUACAAAGCUGAGAAUGACCGCCGAUCUAAUGGAAACAAUGGACGCAACGUUCCAAAAUGUCCUAAAUGUACCAAACGUCAUCUCAGAGAGUGUAGGGCAAAUGCAUGUUACAAAUGUGGAAAAGAAGGUCAUAUUAAACGUAAUUGUCCAUUGUGGGGACAAACUGAGAACAAAGAAGAUUUAAAGGAAGACGAUAAAUAUGUUCCAACGAGGGUCUUUGCUAUCAAAGGAGCAGGACAGAGUGUUGACAAGUGCUGA